CUCAAAAUGAAUCUUCAGUGAUCCACAAACCUACCUAUAUAAAUAAUUGCAGAUAUGUAUCAAUGAUUUAAUUGAUAGUUUAUAACUACCUAAAACAUACUUACUGUUCUCGUGAUUUUUUUUUGCUCUAAUAGAAAAAGUACCUAUUUAAAUAUGAAUUUCGUUUCGAUUCUUUUGAUUUCUACUUAUUCAGUGAGCAUAUUACUUUCGGUGGUUCUGGCUGAUGAGGUUGAAGAUAUAAAAAUUCAAUUUGUCGAAGAAUGUAAUACGGAAGAGAACCUUAACAUUAUCACUUACACUUUGGAGGAUGUAAGAGCUAUCGUUAUACCAAUAGAUCACCAGGAAGGUUGCGUGUUGGAUUGUUUUUUUCUCAAAACAGGCCAGAUCCUAUCGUCAAGAUCCAGAGUAGGCUUUGUCCGACUUGCCCCUCGUCGUCGUUUAGAUAACUCUGUCUACGGGCCACUAUUCGACAAUCAAGUAUUGUCAACUCAACAGACUCAAGCCGUGAGUCGUUGCUUGAGAUUCCUUUCAAGCUUACAAGUAGAGCAGUGUACGUUAAUGUACAAACUCAGAUAUUGCCUUUUCUUGGAAAUGAAUCCAUCAGAUGUUUCCUCGGAAAUUGAUUAUUAAGGUCAUUUUAUCUUCAAAUACAUUAUAAGUAUGUAAAUACCUAAAUUUAUCAAAUCUGGAUUUGUUAGUUUAGUCUACGAGUAUUUAUAAACAGUGUUUUUUUACAUCAGAAAUUUUAAAUUAAAUUACGAGUACAGCAAUAUAGGUAAUUUCAAUUAGUGUACUGUAAUAAGAUUAUAUUUUUGUAUACGAGUACCUAGACUAGAUACUCAAAUUAUAUCUAUCUAAGUAUAAUUCAUCAGUUUCAAUGUUUGUUAUCUUUCUCUAGUGAUCUCGAGUAUUUACCAUAAAAUACCUGAAUUAAGGUGUUCUAAUAUUAAUAAUUAUAUAGCAUUCGAAUUUUUUUCAGCUGUUGAAGUUGGCUUAUUUCUCAUGAAAAAAAAAUUAAUUGGUUUGUUUCAUAUAUUUUUGACCUCCUGAGUCAAAUUGUUGAUAGUUUCGAACUUUCUGAAGCCUCCAACGGAUUUUUGGAUUCUCCAAUUUUUGGGAAAAUGCUGUAAAUCGACUAAAAAAGUAAAAAUGAAGUAUUUUAUCACUAAUAAACUCACAUUUACCAGCUUUGUCACCUUUUCGAAUGAAUUUUAAUUUUCGAGCCUGAGUUUACUGGGUCGAAUUUCCAAUGCUGAAUUUAUUUUUAUAUUUUUGAUGAAUUUUUAAAAAUAAAAUUUGGACCAAAAAUGCGAAGAAAUUAAACUUUCAUCAAAUUUGGCCAAGAAAGUUGAAAUUUGGUGCAUCCACUCUAUUUUUAACUUGUCCUCUACUCUCGAAUCAAUUAGAAACUGCUUCAAUACCUAAAACUGCAGUUUUGGAACCUUAGAAGAUUUGUGAAAGUUGAAAUUUUUACAAAAUGUUACCGAAUGAAGUUGAAGGGCUGGAAUUUGCUUUAUACAUGUAGGUACUAUUAUUUCAAUAUGACGAGUUGACUGAAGAUGACUUGAUUUUAGACAGUUUUUAAGCCUCCAGCAACUUUUUGGGAAUUUCAAAUCUGUAUGCUAAAAUUUAAUUUGUAUGAGCUCUAUUUUUAAGUUGUUUAAAGUAGCUCUGGAUCUUUCAGAGGAUUUUUAAAAAUGGAAAUUUUCGCAAAAAAUGUAUCCAAUUGUUGAAAAAUUGAAAUUUAGUUUAAAACUCUAUUAUUAAGUACCUAUAUUGAGUAAUGAAGUAGAAUCAUGAUAAAUGGAUACUUUGAUUCGAUACAUUAAACAUGUAGGACGUAGGUAGUCAUUUUUAUUUCAAAAUAUUUAAUUGAAUGGAUAACCAUUUUAUUAAUCGAAGUGUACCUUGUACUUUUCUGUAUUCUUUACAUAAUCUAUUUUACUGUCCAAUCUCUACAAAAAAAAAAUAAAAAAAAUAGCUAAACCGAUGUGUUUCAACAUUUACUUACCUCUAAAUAAUCACCAAUAAAUUUUUGACCAUGAAACAUUCCAAAUUGGGAAAUCAGAGAAUCUCAACCGUGAAAUAUUUCGAUUUGAGAAAGUGAAAAACGAGUCUAUGUUUGUAUGUAUUUUAAGCCAUAAAAAUAUAUAAUGACCAUGAAAUAUUAUCAGUAUCUCAUUAGUAGAAAGACACUACUUCCUUAAUCAGGCCUUUGCAAUAGGUGCCUAAUCUAAAAACACGCCGAGACUUAUGGACAAUUAAGAUAAAAAUCAACUCAACCAUUUCGUAUUUUUACCUUCCUCAUUCUCACCUAGAAUUUUCGCAUUAUUUACGAUAGUGAAAGCGGUAAAUGUCGACUUCAGCCAAAGUCCACGAAAAGUAAUUAUUUCUCAGAGGAUAUAAGUACUCAAGGUGAGACUUAACUUGUUCCAUUGAUCUAGAAACACAGUCGCAGACAUUUGUCUUAAAAUUUAUAUUAAUAAUUUACAUACUAUUCUCGCGUAGAUAUUUUUUUUCGAUAGUUUUGUUUUUAGCUGCAAAAAAAAAAAUUAAAUAUGAAUUUUGUUUGGAUUCUUUUGAUUGCUGCGUGUUCUGUGGCUAUGAUUUCCGUUGUUCAGUUAGCGCCGCCGAUGAAUGAUACUCUAGCAAAUCAAUAUCUCGACGAAUGUAAUCAGAAAUAUGAUCUUGACGUUUUUGGUUAUACCAUGGAGGAAUUAGAAAGUAUCGCACUUCCAAAAAAUCAAGAGGAAUCUUGCGUCCUAGAUUGCUAUUUUUUCAAACAAGGUCAGCUGGUAUUGAAACACAUUAUCGGUAACAAGACUGACGAAUACGGAUUUGCCACUGCACCCCUAGAUAACUCUCUUUAUGGGCCUGGAUUCGACAAUAUGACAACGAAGCAGACCAAUGCGGUGAACAGUUGUAUAAGAUUUGUUUCAAUGUUUCGAGUCACACAGUGUUCGCUAGUUUAUAAACUCAGGCUAUGCCUUCACUUGGAACUGAAUCAAACAAGAAAUUAAUUUCAAAAUUCAUUAUCAAUAUUUCUCGAAUGUGGAGUCGGAGCAAAUAUCAAGGAUGGAGUUGAAUCACGUAAACGAUCUUUAUUUUUGAUAUAUAAAAUGUUUAAUUAUUGAAUUUGUAAUCUAAUUUUAAGAAUUUAUUGUCUAAACUGUGACAUAUUAUUUUAAUAUAUUCUCGAAUCAUUUAACGAA